CGACUUUUGAUGCCAAGAAUGACACAGAGGCCCGUCAAGUCUCCCCUAGUCCAAGUGCCCUCAGGCGUCCCCUCCCAGCUUGCUGGCACUGCCCCCUCCCAUCCGCCCAUGGCGCGCACAGGACUGACCGUCUCGAGGGUUGUGUCGUCGGAGGAGAACCUCCAGUCGAAGGCGAAGAUCCCUCCUGCCGUGUUCGACUACUUCAGCAAGAUUGAGGACUGGAGAAAGCAGACCAACACGCAGUACACGGGCAACGUGGCUACCAACAACUUCCAGAUGUUCCUGUACUCGCAAACCUUGAAGCUCUUCAAGGAGGACACGAUCAAUGUGUGCGAAACAGGUUUCAAUGGCGGACAUAGCGCCUCCCUCUUCCUCCUCAGCGACCCGCGCGUGCGGUACUACGGCUGGGACCUUGGGGUCUACAGCGCAGCCAAGGUGGUGGCGAAGAAACUGUCGGAGGAGUUCCCGGGCAGGUUGCAGGUGAUGUGGGGAGACUCGAAGAAGACAGUCCCUUCUUUCUUCGAGCAGAACAGCCUCCUCUGCGACCUCGUCGUCAUCGACGGGGAGCACUCCUACAAUGGAGUUCAGUCGGACCUCGGGGUCAUCAGCAAGCACAUGAAGGGGAAGUGGCAGGUGUUUGUGGACGACUGCGAGGCUCUGAACCAGGGGAUCCUGAAAGCCUUCGACGAGGCCAUGCUGCAGCUGCCGGGCUCCCACAUUUACAAGUACAAGAACUCCAAGCUGCCGUCCCCCGGCUUCUGCCAGGCCAGCAACUUCGUCACUCCGGCUAUGCUGACGGACCUCGCUGCGAGACCGGAGCUGGGGAAUCAUUCCACGGCUCGCCUCCUGUGACGAUAACAUAGAAGAAUCGUAGCGGGUCGAAGUUGUCAGGGCUCCAGUCAGCACGGAGGCCAAGGAGGUGCAGCAGGUUGACGGGGUUGAAACUACAGUGUGGAUGCUUUUGCGUCCUGAAAGAGAGAGGAAUUCCAACGGUAAGAAUGCAGACAUCAGUGUUUGAUAAAGAUUCUGUGAAAUUGC